AUGUCCCCAACAGGAUCGGCAAGCUGGUCAGGGUGGCCGUGGCAGUCAAGCAGACUUCGUCGCAUUGAGCUAUGCCUGGAUGAGAUGAAGAAACAGUUUGAAGAAGAAGUCAAGGCCGACAAGGAGAGACUCAUUGCCGACAAGGAGAAAAUCAUUGCCGACAAGGAGAUGCAGCUGAAAGUGAUCAAGGCCGACAAGGAGAUGCAGCUGAAAGAGAUCAAGGCCGACAAGGAGAUGCAGCUGAAAGAGAUCAAGGCCGACAAGGAGAUGCAGCUGAAAGAGAUCAAGGCCGACAAGGAGAGACUCUACAAGCAAUUGCAGCAACAGAAGAUUGAAACUCUCCGAGAAUUAUCGCGGUUCAAGGUCAUACCCAACAACCGAGCUCUGAUUGAGUUCGCCCUGUCCAGCAGCGGCAUGUCUCUCACGAAAGCUUUGGAGAUGUUUGUGGAUGAGCAUUUGUUGACGGCGGACACGAAGACAUUGAGGAAGGAAGAACUAGUUGGGAAAGAACUGGAAAACCUCAUGCACGAGAUCUCAAAACCUUUACCCAGACCGCACGUAUCAGAAGCGCUUGCGAUCGUGAUCUCAAAACUACAAGAAUGCAAGCUCGUGGAAAACCUGGAUGUCCUGCUGGUCGAUGGGGAAGGGAAAUGCAAGUGCAUGCUAACGGAUGGAGAGAUCAUUAAAUACAGUGAAGAGUAG